AGUCUCAGGGCAUAAUUUCUCAGCGCCCCUCGCAGUACCAUUUGGCCUUUGCCCAGCGUGCAGGGGAGUUAGCCGUUACCACGGCCAAGUGCACAUGAAAACUGCAUUGCCCAGAAACCUGUGCGCCGCCCGGCAGCGGCACUCUUAGGGGCGUCUCCCUGCGGACGGAAGCUCUCUGGGCGGGACUUCCGGUAUCUUCCUCGCGGUGGACAUCUUGUCGGCUCUUAGGUGGAACCAUCAGAGCAGAAGCUCGGGGUUGCUGGGCGGUUCCGAGGUGACGGAAGCGGGAGGGUGCGGGAGAAGUCGCUGUUCGCUCUGCGGAGUGGCUCGCCAGCGAAGACCCCGCCUGCGCCCCCGGGGACGGACGACCGCGGUGCCAGGGUCCCGCGACCUGGGACCCCCUCGCGGCUCCGUGUGGUCUACGAACUGUGAUGGCGGCGGCCGCGGUGAUGGGCCCGGCGCAGAUCCUCUGUGGUUGUUGAAUUGUAACAAGAGAGAGAACUCUGGCUGCCUGAGAGGGCAUGACUCUAGUCACAGCAGGAGGGGCUUGGACAGGCCCUGGUUGUUGGCAUGAAGUGAAGGAUGAAGAGUCAUCUUCUGAACAGAGCAUUUCUAUAGCAGUGUCACAUGUUAAUACUUCCAAGGCAGGUUUGCCCGCACAGACGGCUCUCCCUUGUGACAUAUGUGGCCCCAUCUUGAAAGAUAUUUUGCACCUGGAUGAACACCAGGGUACACACCAUGGACUGAAACUUCACACAUGUGGGGCAUGUGGGAGACAAUUCUGGUUCAGUGCAAACCUUCAUCAGUACCAGAAGUGUUACAGUAUAGAGCAACCCUUAAGAAGGGAUAAAAGUGAGGCCUCAAUUGUGAAGAACUGCACAGUUAGCAAAGAACCUCAUCCGUCAGAGAAGCCCUUUACGUGUAAGGAGGAGCAGAAAAACUUCCAGGCUACUUUGGGUGGCUGCCAACAAAAGGCCAUGCACAGUAAGAGGAAGACACACAGGAGCACUGAGAGUGGGGAUGCAUUUCAUGGUGAACAAAUGCAUUACAAGUGCAGUGAAUGUGGGAAAGCUUUCAGCCGCAAAGACACGCUUGUCCAGCACCAGAGAAUUCAUAGUGGAGAGAAGCCUUAUGAGUGCAGCGAAUGUGGGAAAGCCUUCAGCCGCAAAGCUACACUUGUCCAGCAUCAGAGAAUCCAUACCGGAGAAAGGCCUUAUGAAUGCAGCGAAUGUGGAAAAACCUUCAGUCGAAAAGACAACCUUACUCAGCACAAGAGAAUCCACACUGGAGAAAUGCCUUAUAAGUGCAAUGAAUGUGGGAAAUAUUUUAGCCAUCACUCCAAUCUAAUUGUACACCAGAGAGUUCACAAUGGAGCAAGGCCUUAUAAGUGCAGUGAUUGUGGGAAAGUCUUCAGACACAAAUCUACACUUGUUCAGCAUGAGAGUAUUCACACUGGAGAAAAUCCUUAUGAUUGCAGUGAUUGUGGGAAAUCCUUUGGCCACAAAUACACCCUCAUUAAACAUCAGCGAAUUCACACUGAGUCAAAGCCAUUUGAGUGCAUUGAAUGCGGGAAAUUCUUUAGUCGAAGUUCUGACUAUAUUGCACACCAGAGGGUUCACACUGGUGAAAGGCCUUUUGUGUGCAGUAAAUGUGGGAAAGACUUUAUCAGAACCUCCCAUCUUGUUCGACACCAAAGAGUUCACACUGGAGAAAGGCCAUAUGAGUGCAGUGAAUGUGGGAAGGCCUACAGCUUAAGCUCCCACCUCAAUCGGCACCAGAAAGUUCACACUGCAGGCAGGCUUUAGGAGUGCUUUGAAUACAACAGGACUCAUCAAUCAGAUGUUGAAUUUCAUGUAUCUGAACAUUGACACAAAGGAGAUACCUUAUGGUGCCAGGUACGUAGGAACCUUCUAGGGAUAUGUUGCACUUUCUGACUUGCUCAGGUUUUUUGCCAGAGUUAUGUCACUGUCAAUCCAUGUGGCCGAAACCAUCUUAACUCUACCAGCUAAGAUACCCCAGCAUUGGGGAAGGCAGGGUUUUGUAUUCUCCAAUCCCUGGAGAAAAUCAUGAAAUGCCUGAGUUCAUUGGGGGUCCUCAUUCCCUUCUGUAUGACAGGUAUAGGUAUGGAUAUGACCCAUUUUUAGCCAAGAGGGUCUGAGCUGUAUCUGCUGGUGGCUUAUACAAAAAGUUUACUUUCUUCAUGGAUAUUCUUGGUCUCACAUACUUGUAAUCAAGUUUUUCCAGCCUCCAAGUCACCUGGCCUGGGAAAGUACUUGCCUCAUGUUGCUCUGGUUUGUGAUAAUAAAGGCUUUACAGUUUAAGCCACAUUUAAUCUUGGGGCUGCUUCUUAUGGUCUGGGAUUGAAAACAGGCUCUGCCAAACUGAAGACAGCCUUUGUGCGGUGCCUCCAACUUUGCCUCAAAUGGGACAGUGGGUUGAGGGAGAACAGUUCUUAGUCCAGUUUUGAUGUUAACUUCCAUAGCUGACAAAGCUUGUUAAGUAAGAAUUAAGAUCUUGUGUAGACCUGAUUUGUCUGGAUUUUAGAGUUAUUUGAGAGCCCAUAUUUCACCUUGAGGAGGGUGCUGCUGCUGUGACAGCCUACAGUGUUUUGAAACAGCAUGGAUUGGGUGUCUUGUUUGCAGCAUGUGUCCCAUGUUCCCCAACACUGUUGAGGGAAAGCUGUUCCUCAGGCCCUGCUGAGUGGCCAUAUUCCCUGAAGGCCUGAAUCUGUUUCACAGGCCACUGUUGGUAAGAUCUAAAGCAUCCAGUAGGGAAACAAAAUUGAUAAAUAUUGAGUGUGAGUAAUUGGGAUUGGGGAGAUUGUGGCAAACUAGAGGGGAAGUGCCCAUUGUAAAAACACAUCCACAGACAGUCCAGGCACUAAGGCUGAAUGGGAUCAGGGUAUCCAGAAAUCUCAGGAUCUCCAGGGCCAUGUUACUGUUAGGUCAAGGUCACUGGUGCAGCAACGAAUGUAGUUUUCCUAGAUUCCUCUCCCUCCCUGGGCUCUUUACCUAAUGUCUUUGCUGCACAGGCGGUAACCCUGGGAGUAAAGAGGUGUGGUCCAAGGAAGUAGCUUUUGUGACCAGCUGGAGUUUCUGGUGACUCUGUUGGCAAUGGUCCUCAUUGUUUGCCAGUUUUUCUUACUACUGAGGAAGAGAUUGUCUUCCCAAGAUAUUUGGAGUGAUAAGAGUCACCAUAGUGAGGUAGAGUCACUCUUAGUGAUGUCCAGUUGUCCAGUUUCCAAUAGAAGUGGGAGAUCCAGAUUUUUAAAUGGGAUAACUUUUUAUAGGUUCACUGAGGUGUAAUCAACAUGCAAUAUAUUGCACAUAUUUAAAGUGUACGAGUAAGUCUUGAUACACCACACACACACACACACACACUUGAAACUAUCACCCUAUCAGUGGAAUUGGACAUAUCUGUUACCCCCAAAGUUAACCUGAGGCCCUUAACCUUUCUCUCAGUGCUCGCCUUCCCCCAGAAUCCCUAGACAACCAUUGAGUAGUUUUCACUGUAGGUAAAUUUGUCUUUUCUAGAAUUUUAUGUAAGUCUGUCUAUAAAGUGUUAAUUUUGCAUGCUGUCUUUCAUGCAACAUAAUUUGAAAUUUGUCCAUGGUAUGUAUGAACAGUCCAUUUUAAAAUUACUGACUCAUAUUCUGUAUGGAUAUACCACAGUUUAUCCAUUUAUCUUCAUUGAUGUCUGUACUCCACCCCCAUUUUUAAAUAUUAAAAAGCUGCUGCAAAUAUU